AUGAACCAAGGAAAUAAUUCUAGGGUGGCUGAGUUUGUGUUGCUGGGGCUUUCCAGUUCCUGGGAGCUCCAGUAUUUCUUCUUCAUGCUGUUUAAUUUCUUGUAUAUCAUCAUUGUGCUGGGCAACCUCCUCAUUGUACUCACAGUGAUCUCUGAACCUGCCCUGCAUACACCCAUGUACAUAAUGCUCAAUAAUCUUUCCAUUCUUGAUGUCUUUCUGGCCACUUAUGCAACCCCCAAGAUGAUUCACGAUUUCCUUCAUGAACCCAAGACCAUCUCCUUCGAGGGCUGCAUGGCCCAGAUAUUCUUACUCCAUGUCUUUGCUGGUGGUGAGAUGGUGCUCCUUGUAGCUAUGGCAUAUGACAGAUAUGUAGCCAUAUGCAAGCCUCUCCAUUAUGCAACCAUCAUGAACUUGUGCAAAUGUAGAGGUCUGAUAGUAGGCUCUUGGGUGAUUGGGGUCAUGCACUCGUUGAGCCAAUUAGCUUUCACUGUAAACCUGCCCUUCUGUGGUCCAAAUGUUGUGAACAGUUAUUACUGUGACCUUACUUUGGUCAUCAAACUUGCCUGUACAGAUACGUAUAUCCCUGAAAUCCUGGUGCUCACAAAUAGUGGCCUGUUGUCACUUAUCUGUUUUCUCCUUUUGCUCAUUUCUUACACUAUCAUCCUGGCUACUGUUCAUCGCCAAGCCUCUGGUGGGACAUCCAAGGCACUUUCCACUCUGUCUGCCCACAUUACUGUUGUAGUCCUGUUCUUUGGCCCAUUAAUCUUUAUCUAUAUUUGGCCCUUUGAAAGUUUCACAAUUGAUAAGUUUAUCUCUGUGUUUUUUACUGUAUUCACUCCUCUUCUCAACCCUAUGAUUUACACCCUAAGGAAUAAAGAUGUAAAGGAAGCCAUGAAGAGACUAAGGAACCAACAUGUGGCUUCCAAGGAAGCCUUUUAG